AGCUGUCUCUUUUACUUUCUACAGAUUUAAAACUUCGUUUGUUUGGUUAUUUUCAAUACCUGUUUGUGGCAGUUCUGAAAAUCUGAAGCGCACCUUGGCUAGCACUCGUUAACGGUUAAAAUUAUUUAACCGGAGCGAUCUAAAUGGAGUUAUGAGCGGGAAAAGAGCCGCGAAUUUAGGAUGACUUCACGCGCAUCACGCAGCGCAGCGCGACAAUACCAGGAUGCUUUACAAGCACAGCAAGCACAUGAGUGGACGAUACAAGAAGUCUGCUCAUCACUUUGUCUGGAUCCUCUGUCUUUGGGUUCACUUUCUGCCUCAAGUGGAUGGCUACUUUAUGUCUGACGCUAAGGCUGUCUUGCAAGGGUGUGAAGACCACUGGACUUUCCAACCUCAGGGGCAUAGAAUCCCUGUGCUCUUUCAGAUGACGGUAUGUGUGGACAUACAAGUUUUAUCCCUGGGUGAGUGGACUGCAUUUAGCUACUUCUCGGCCCCUGCACCCCGCUAUGAACUGGCCCUGCAGGGAGAUGAAAACUCCCUGUAUGCCUGGCUGUUGGGUGUGCGCCAUCAGUUCCCUGUCCAGUUGACCCUUCGUCGCUGGUACCGAUUAUGUCUACGAUGGGACGCCCCUCACAAAAGCUUCAGCCUGACGAUAGGCGGUAGUUCAGAAGUAUAUCAGCGCACAGCCAUCGCUCGUGCAAUCCCCCCCUCUGGGCAACUUCUACUGGGCUGCCAGCCAAAGGCGUCCCUCCCGGGGUGAACAUGGCCACGGUGGAGCUCUACCUGUUCCGCAUAUGGGACAACGUAGGGGAACAUCGGGCUUGCGAGGAUGGCACUGUGGUUGGCUGGGACUCGCGACUUUGGACCAUCACACGAGCCCAGGCCAGAAUCCAAGAUUAUAAGCUGCAAUGUGGCCUAGGGCAUCUGCGUAUGAAACGCAAUGCACACGGAAGUACAACCCCAUCCAACACUUCCCAAGGUGUAGCCGCUGGCCGAGAUUUUUCCUUGACAUCUCCAAGUCCACUCUACUCCACUUUGAACUCCAUUAUUACCAAUGCACAGAAACUCACCCAAGGACCGGCCACAAAUCCCUCUGGCAGCAUGUCUGUUACAACCACCACCCUUCCACAUCAGAGUCAGGUCUCAAGCAUGACCUCUGCUUCAACCAGAACCAUAUCAAAUUCUUCUUAUAGCAGUAUACCAAAUAUCAUCACCACACGCCCUGCAGGACUCUCAACACAUACUACACCAUCAGUAAAUCUCACUACACCAACCAAGGCUCCCCUCAUAGUAAUUACCACAUCAAGUGCCACCAUCACAUCCUCUCCUCAAGCUUUGAUUAGUUCAGCUAUUACAACAACCAAUGCAUCUCACACUGGGGGAUUGAAGAUCUCAGUGCAGCCCACCUCUGAAAUAACAGCCAAUCACACAGCAGCAAGUUCUCCUGCUGCACCUACCAUCAUGAGUCAAGCAGCCAAUCAGACUGCAGUUCUACUAACAAAUACGUCCAAUGUAUUAUUCACAGACCCAUUUGUGGUGCAGUGUAACUUUUCCCAGUACUGUGCAAAUGAAUCAUCAUACUACUGGAUGCUUGUGGAAGUACAUGGCUCUAAUAUGACUGAGAAAGACAUUCAAAUUUGGUUUUCAGAUCAUUUUAAUAGGAAUAUCUGCUCUGCUGGAAUUUCAAUAACAGAAGUCAAUAAUACAACAUGUCAAUCCAGCAUGGUUUAUGUGACCGCAGAGGUUACCUGUCAAGCGAAGGAGAACACUAAGAGGACUAACUGCACUGUGCUGCUUCAGCUAAGCCAGCCGGUAAAUAAAUGCAUCCUUCGCAGGCUGGUGGAAAAUGCUGGUGGAGACCCAUCAAUCCAGAUUUACCUUAUGGGAGAUAUAGAGAGAGUGGGAAAAGGCCUAUGUGAGGAGCAUAAUAUUUCACCUGCUGGAGAUGGCAUUGUUCACUGCACAUCCCCUAUGUCUUAUAAUGACAUCUGCCAGACUCUGGGAGCUGUCAAUGUCACAUGCUCUUAUGUGGAGAAGGAUUUUGUUCCAAAUGAUUUCAAUGUGGUUUACAAUCAAUCCUGCAACGUUGAGAGCCAACAGCAUUGCGAGUGUCACGUGUCUUACAACAACAAGACUUAUUAUGCUCUUCGUUUGAAUAUUACGAAGCCAGAUGUGAAUUUCACCUCUAUCCAGAACACAGUUUUACAGUUGAGCACCCCCUGCAAAAAAUCUAGCAUACCAGGGUCUCUGUGUAAUACUUUUUCUGAAGUAUCCCAGUUUUAUCAGGGAAUGCACUUGGAAUGUUAUGGUGAAGAAAAAAGGCUGUACACCUGUAUGUUAGCUCUGCAGAUGUCAAAACAGCUAGAUGUGUGUACUGUUAGUACUGUUAUGGCAGGUCUUUGGAAGGACAGUACCAGUGUCAGUUUUGAUGGACCUCUCACUAGAAUAGCUAUAUGUCGUUUGUCCACUGAUUCGGAGACCAUUCUUUUUAACUCAACAUUUACUUGGGCCUUUGUAGACCGUAGUGCCAGCCAAAUUAACUCUAUCACAGACCAGUUGACAUGUGAACAGGGGCACACUUUUGCUGUUCUUUUAAAUGAGAGCUGUGCCGUCUCACCUUCUGAAUCCUACACAACUCCACCAGUCCCUCACAGCACAGAGAACAGUGCUACAUACCCAAACAUUACUUCUCCAUCAUUUACUACAGACUGGAUGCUGAGCAACCAAACCAGCACUACAGGCAGACUGCAAAACACUUCAAAAACACCACUCAAUACAACAGUCUCAAUAUCCAAUAUUAGCUUCAUGUCCAUUAACAGUACAGUCACACAAACAAGCACUACAAACCAUACACAACUUGAUCCAACUGUCACAACACUCAAUGCAACAGACACAAUGUUAAAUACAACAGUUACACCACCCAUCAUAACAAUUCCGCUGGUCAAUACAACUGUUACACCACUCAAUCCUACUGUCACAACAUUCAAUACAGCAGAUGCAUUGUUAAAUACAACAGUCUUAACACUCAAUAUAACAACCCCACUUGUCAAUACAACAACCAUAUCACUCAAUACAACUAUAACACCAUCCAUGUCUCUGCUCAAUUCAAUAAGUAUGCCAGAUAGACCAUUUAAUACCACAGUUACAACUGAAAGUUCACCCUUUACGGCACUCAACACAACUGUCGCACUACAUCAUACAACCGUCACACCAUUCAAUACUACCGUCACACCUCUAUUAUCCAUAUUCACAACUCAGAUAAACUCAACUGGACCAGAAAACACAACAAUAUCAAAAGAUGCAGCAUUCACUUACCUCAAUACAACAACUUCAAUACAAAAUAGUACACAGUUAUCAUUACUUAACACAACAGAAUAUUCUACACAAACUCUUCAGAAUACAGCAGAAUUGAGUACAACAGCGAUUAAAAAUAACAUUGUGGCUCUCUCAACGAGAACAACACAAGCCAACACAACGGUAUCAACCAUAAACGUAACAGAAUCAAACACUACACAAACUUUUCAGAAUAUAACAGAUCUCAGUAAAGAAGCAAUUCCAUUCAACACAACCUUUUAUACUAUGGCACCCUCAGACAAUACCAUACAAGCCAACACAACAGCUUUAGCAAUUAAUUUAAAAGAAUCAAACACAACACAACCUCUUGAGAAUACAACAGAGUUCAUUACGACAUUGAUUACAUACAACUCUACACAACUUCUGAAUAGUUCUACAUUGGAGACCUCAGGUGCUGAAACUACUACCACUGAACUCACAACAACAGUCAAUACCACUAUGUAUACACCUAAUUUCAAAGCUUUAAAUACAUCAACGGAUAUUCCUGAUUUAAUGCAUCCCAAUGUAACAUCCCCUCUCUUUAACACAACACAAAACAAUGCAGCAGAUUUUCCAAUGAACACGACUCUGUUCAACACAAUGGAAACGCCAGUGAAUUUAACCACUCACAACAAGUCUGAUACCAAUAAUAUUAUAAACAUAACAGAGACAUCCAACAGUACAUCCGAAUUAAAUACAACCGCAAACCCUGUAAUAGAUACAACACAAUUUAACACUACAAACACAAUGCAGAUACACACAACAACCUUCCCAGCAACAGAAAAUAUUACCAGUGGGCACAUCACAACAGUUAGUCUCCUUAACACAACACAGUUAAAUACCACAUUAGAAAAAGCUUCCACUGAUAAUACAACAAUGAAUACAACCACAACAAUCAAUCCAAUCAACAUUCAACACAACACAACCAUUACCAGCAUUGUCACCAAUAAUAGUGCUGCUCCUACAACAGCUGUACCAGAUAUGCAUCCAGGCUCUCCUCAGAGCAGUUACAAUUCCACUGCAGCAUCUCCAAUUGUCCCUCAAAUAACUCAAACGACCAGUAGAGGGAAUACAUUGGGAACUACUGCAAGACCUACUGUGCCAGCCACAUCUGCCAUCACUACAGCAAUAACUUCAGUAAUCGCUACAACUAAAACCCCUGGCUCGGUGGCAACGGAUCUUCUAAAUCAAACAAAGGAUGCAAAAAAUCUAAACUCAUCCGAGGUGAAUAAGUUGGUCAGCCAGCUUGAGAAUCUGCUCUCUGCACCCAACAUUAGUAAGGAUCUGGGCACAAUAGUGCUGUCAGUCAUCAACAACAUACUAAACUUCUCUAGUGAUUCUCUGGCUAACUCCUCCAACCGUUUGAUCAAAGCUGUGGAUAGUCUAGGUCUAAAACUGUUGAUUCAGAAUCAGACCGAAAGCAUUGCAUUUGAAUCACUCUCUUUGGCUGUGACCAAAGUCGAUGGGACCAACUUUGGGACAACAUCAUUUUCAAUGGCAAAUCCCUUAAAACCAGAGGUGACUAAAGAAUUUCAAACAGAAAUCAGGGCAGUGGAAAGCUCUUCUCCACUGGGCAAAAUAACACUGCCUGCCUCACUGACAGAAAAUCUCUCUCCAGAAGAACAAAAAAUUGCCUCCAGAGUCCAGUUCACUUUUUUUCAGAAAAGCACUUUUUUUCAGGACCAAGCGUUGACCCAACAGACUCUAAACAGCCACAUUUUGGGCUCUAGCGUGGCAAACCUGUCAAUUUCAAACCUGAGGGAGAAUGUGGAGUUUAUUUUGAAGAAUAAACAGCCAGUUGUGGGUAAAGGUGUAGCUUCCUGUGUAUUCUGGGACUUUGGCAUAAAUGAUGGUUUAGGAGGCUGGAGUUCAAGUGGAUGUUUUGUCAAGAACACCAGCACUCAGAACGAGACUGUUUGCAGCUGUAAUCAUCUGACCAGCUUUGCAGUGCUUUUGGAUGUAAGCCGGCAAGGGGUAACUGACCGUUUACAGGCCACCAUCCUUACCUUCAUCACUUUCAUCGGAUGUGGGGUCUCUGCCAUCUUUCUCUCAGUUACUCUGCUCACUUACCUUGCAUUCGAUAAAAUCCGACGUGACAUCCCCUCCAAGAUAUUGAUCCAUUUGUGCUUUGGCCUGCUCUUGUUGAACCUGGUUUUCCUUUUGGACUCGUGGUUGGCACUUUACCCAAACGCUGUAGGCCUCUGCAUUUCAACAGCUUUCUUCCUGCACUACUUCCUGUUGGUCUCCUUCACCUGGAUGGGGCUAGAAUCUCUGCAUAUGUACCUAUCCAUCGUCAAGGUCUUCAACAACUACAUGUCCAGAUACAUGCUUAAGUUCUCCCUCACAGGCUGGGGAGUCCCUUUGAUUGUUGUCAUUAUUGUGAUUGCUGUAAACAAGGACAACUAUGGCCUUUUAAGUUAUGGGAAAUAUUCGGAUGGAACUACAGAUGAUUUCUGUUGGCUCAAAAAUGACAUUGCAUUCUACGUGGCCGUCGUGGCUUACUUCUGUAUUAUAUUUAUGUUAAACGUGGCCAUGUUUGUGGUGGUGAUGGUCCAUUUGAGACGGAUCAAGCGGCAGAACCCCCACAAUAACCAGUAUCGUAGUGGAUUACAUGAACUACGUAGCAUUGCGGGACUCACUUUCCUGCUGGGUCUUACCUGGGGCUUUGUUUUUGCCUGGGGACCUGUCAACUUGGCCUUCAUGUACCUGUUUUCCAUCUUCAAUUCCCUACAGGGCUUUUUUAUUUUUCUGUUCCACUGUGCUCUGAAGGAGAAUGUCCGUAAACAGUGGAGAAUGUACCUCUGCUGUGGCAGGUUACGAUUGGCUGAAAAUUCAGAGUGGAGUCGGACAGCUACACAAAACAACACUAAGAAGACUUCAAUUCUUACGACAAACUCUUCUAAUUUAGGGAGAGAAAGUGCACAACGAAGUUCAGUGAGCAGCGAUGAAUCAAUUCCAUCCAAUGGCAUCGGCUCACCAAUUGCCGAUAAUCUGAUCAUGUCGGAGGAAACAACUGAUGAUGUAGUUCUCAAUGAGAUGAACAGUCAACUCCGACCACGAAUCAGAUCUGUGUAGUUCUUGGGAAAGGAUUAACACACCAUUGAGGUGACACAAACCGGAAAAGAAACAGACCAUUUAACAUUCCGUUUCUCAGCAGACCUGAAAAAAUGUGUUCCUGAGAUAAGAUGAGCUUGAAUUUUGGCCAAAAACAAACUGGCACAAGAAAAUUGUCUUCAAUCAUCACUCUUUCUUGUUAUUUGUUAUUGAGCCAGGCUGCUUGGAGUCGUCCAUGGGAGAAAUGGAAAGAAAGAGCCAACGCAUAAAAAUAUCCCCUCUUACUGAGAAGUGAGGAAUUGUUAUAUUACGGCUCACCUUUUCAUCUUCAAGGUUUUUAUUUUUGCAGGGUUUUAAACACCUAUAUGUUUUCAGUGACCAGUAUUAAUGCCUCCUCUUCUGUGAUAUACAAUAAAACAAGGAAAGGUGAGCAAAGAUGUUUGCAGUGGAAAUGAUGCAUACAAAAAAUAAGCAUUUUAAACCAAAAUGUAUGAAGGACUACAUUUUUCAUUAUGGGGAAAGUAGAAAAAAGAAAAGUUUUCAAUAAUACACUAUAAGGGUAUUUUUAGUCAAAGCAUAUUAAUAUGAUUUAUUACAUUUUGCUACUUAUUUUAGCCAAUCACAAGUACAUAGUUUCAUGUUAAGAAUAUAACAUUUGUGCAUUUUAAGCAGAAGUAGGAAUCUGAGACUCUAACAUAAUAAAUUAUUUAUUAUACAUUAUAUUCAUGAGUUUAUUUUUUUGUGUAUUCCCAGCAAACACUGAACAUUCCCUUUUUGUUAGCAUAUAGUUCCCAUUUGUUUAGUUUUUUUUAGCCCAUUCCUAACAUUGUAGGAAUGUUCUUUUAAGGUUUUAUUUUUUAAUGAGCAUAAUCGUAUGUUCCAAGAAUGUUGCAGGUAGCUUUUCUUUUGAAAAACUAAUACAAAUAAAUGAAAUAAAUUAUACAGAACGAUACCUAAUGGUUAUUAUUAGGCUUUAGUUUUUAUAAUCAAAACCUAAUGUUCCCAAAAUGUUCCGGAAACCAUUUCCGGGUCUAUUUCAUACGUCGUCCCAACUACACCGCUAUCACUUUGACAUGUAAUCCUGCUUGAACAUCGAUCUAAUUAACUAAUGAUUGAACUAAUCAAUCACAGUGUUUGAGAGAGACCCAUAUAAACACUGAGCUGCUCGG